UAAAACCAGGGCGCACCGACUUUGUAGCGGCGGAAGCCCAAACAGACAGUAAGAAGAAAACAGCGAAACAACAUGAGAGGAAAAACCAAAGCCCUUCUCACUCUCUCAUACUCUCUCCUCUCUCCAGUCUUCAAACCACAACCACACACAACCACUUGGGCUCUUCUUGGUUUUACCUCUCUUUCCACCAAAGCAUCCAAUUCAGAACAACCCAACAACAACAACAACAACAGAGACUCAAUCCUUCUUGAGAAGUUCAGGCAAAGAAGACUCAAAGGUUCUUCAAAUGAUGCCCCAAAAACCAAACCCAGACCAUCACCGGAAUCAUCAACUUCUGCAAAUGAGGAUGGACCCACCAAGGAAGUGAGCAGCUUUACUGAGUUGGGUCUGAGUGAGGAGUUGACUGAGGCUGCUGGGCAUAUGGGUGUUUUUGUUCCUUCUGAGAUUCAGUGUGUUGGGAUUCCUGCUGUUUUGGAUGGGAAGAGUGUGGUGUUUAGUGCUCAGCCUAAGUCUGGCAGGACUUUAGCCUACUUGUUGCCGCUUGUUCAACUGCUGCGUCAGGAGACAAAGCCCAAGCAUCCACGAGCAGUAGUGCUAUGCACCACAGAAGAGCUAUCUGAUGAGGUGUUUCAGGUGGCAAAGUUUAUCAGCGAUUCUGCACAGGCAGCACAGCUAAAGUCUGAAAAGGUUAAUGGUUCGAACCAGAAAAUUUUGUCGAAUGCUCCAAUUGGCAUGAUAGUUGGAACCCCUGGAGAGGUUCUUCAACACAUUGACGAGGGAAAUGUGGUUCCUGAUGAAAUCAAAUACUUGGUGUUAGAUGAAGUGGACACCAUGUUUGGUUGUGGCCUUGGUCCUGAAAUCCAAAAGAUACUAAGGCCAUUAAAAAAUCAUGCGUCAAAAUCCAAUGACAAAGGAUUUCAAACUGUUUUGGUGACUUCAACAGUGGCGACGAUACUAGGCGAACAGCUAUCUCCCUUUGUGGAACGACUGGAGCAUAGUCAUGCAGGACAAAUUGCUGCAAUGUUGCUAGAGAUGGACAAAACAGAAGUAUUUCAUCUCACUGAGUCUCUGGAUGUUCUGAAGAAGAAAGUGGCCGAGGCUAUGGAUUCCCUUAAUAUAACCGCAUCAGAAUCGUGACAUUACUUUUCUGCUUUUUCACUACUACAGGAUAAUAGAGCUAGCCCAAUUCUCACUAGUAGAUAUAUGGAAAAGGGUCCUCAACAUUUGAUUUGAAAUUGAGAAUUGAGAGAAUCCAUUUCAUGAUAAAAAAUUUGUAGUUAACCAAUCUAUAGGUGUAUAUAGUGCCAUGUUAUCUGGUUGAAUUAAAUUUUCAAUAACGUGGCACCAUGUACAUCCUUUUAUACGUGAAAAUUAAAUCUGAAUCAUGACAUGGAUCCUUUUCAUUUCAACAUAUGAAGAGGAUUUUAAUCUGAUAGGUAUUCCUGUAUAUAUGUUGCUAUGCGCCAAUUUUUGAAGGGCUUUAUGAGCGUCACCAUUUGUAGAGUGGAGCUAAAUCUUGUAGUAAGUUUGUUGGUCCUGUUGCAUUUUUGGAGGUGUAUCUGGCAACUUGAUUGUUGACAUUUUUUAGGCUUCUUACUGUCAGGGAUUUACAGUCAAAGUGAAACUAAAUUUUUGCCAUUUUAACUUUGUUUCAUUAUUCAUGACUAGCAAAGGUCUCUGGAUUUGGUGUUGAA